UUUGCUACCGUAGCAAAGCACGUGUCUGUAUCUACACUAUCUGUAUUGUUUUGAAAAGCAGGGUCAAGGACGAACAACCAAGAUGUCACUUCAGACAUCUACCAUAACCUUUUUCAAUCAAGCGCGGAGCGCUCAGUUCUACUCCGAUCGUCAUCCAGAAACACUGUGUUUACAGAAUUUUCGGAUGAUCCUGAAAGCAAUAUGAAUAUUGAUGUCGAAAAUAAGCUACCAUUAUUCUAUGACACUGAGGGGAAUUUAUAUGUUUGGAAAGAUUUAUUUUACUGUUGCUGCCACCGUUUCUUUGGUAGCCAACCGAAGUCAAGUCUCACAAAUAUUGCAAUGGUAACAAUGAGUUGCAUUUUGAGCUGCUACCUUCUGAUGCUCGGAAUGUUGGUCUGGUAUUUUGAAGAUUUUUACGACUACAGUUUUCUGAAAACAGUGUUUAUCAUAAUCGCUGGCGGACUGCUGCCUAAGGUGCUGGGAAUGGUGUUUGGGGCACGUCAUUGUUAUGUACCGUUGCAAAAUACUGAUAACAGGUUCCAAAUAUUUGUUCAAAAAGAAAUCGAAGCCAUUUAUAAAAAGGCUUCUGUGUCUGGGGCACCUCCUCAGGAUGUAGGCCUACCGUUGCAAAAUACUUUUAACGGGUUCGAAAUAAGUGUUCGAAAAGAAAUAGAAUCCAUUUAUAAAAUCGCUUCUAAAAAUGUUCUGCUGUUUGUUGGGAGAACAGGGAAUGGCAAGAGCUCAUCAAUCAGGUCAAUUCUUAAAGACGGGACAACAGCACCUGGGACCUCAAAAACAGCAACUGACCCUUCAAAAACAGCACUUGACUCCUCAACAACAGCACCUGGCACCUCAACAACAGCACCUGGGACCUCAACACUACAACCUGGCUCAGAUACUACCACCCACACCGUCGGCGACUUGGAGAUGAUUGCCGGCACUGGGAUCGGUGAUAACGGUGAAGAUAUGAUAGUGAACGCUGAAGAUUUAGUCAAAUCGAUAUCAAGAAAAUUGACCAACGGUUUUACUGCUCUGGUUUUUGUAGUCAAGUACGGCGUGAGGUUCACUAAACAAGAAGUAGACGCAGUGGAAACUGUCAAAUCUAUUUUUGGCAAUGACGUGUUUGAAAAAUGGGGGAUUAUCCUCAUGACGUAUGGAGAUAACUUUUACCUUGACCAUGAUGAUGAUCCCAAUUCUUUUAUAGCAUGGUGUCGAGCUCAAAAUGGAGAUUUUAAAAAUCUUUUUGAUGAAUGCAACGAAAGAUGUGUGCUAUUUAACAACAAGACAAGCGACCCAUUAGAACUGGAAAACCAGCGAGAGUUGUUAUUGAAACAAGUAGAAGCUGUAAGAGAAUCAUCAAGUGGUCUCUACACAUUCGCCCACCUUAAGUUUGCUGAGCAGAGUCGAAACUGUUGGGCAAGAAAAAACAAGGGGAAAGCUACUUAUAAUACUUUUAAUUGACGGAAAGUGAAAACAAGAAAUUUAAAAAGUAAAAUAAGAAAACAAAACGAUCAGCUAAAACACAUUUCACAAUGGACCCGAGCGAGAAAAAUCUCAAAAGUAUUCGGGAGGCCUAUUCAAUAUUUUAAAAAUCAUGCACAGCGUAGUUAAAACUAAUAUGGUUAUAAAAUCCUUACUGGUUUUUUUUUCGGAAUUUGCUGAAAUUGGAUGUAUUUGAUGUUUUUAAUAUUUUCCGUAACUAAAAUAAAAAAAAAAGCAAAAACAAUUUGGUUUUCAAGUGUAAUUGCGACAUUAACAAAGGCAUCCUGCUAUUCGAUAGGUUAGCAGAAUUGUUAUUGUACUAAAUGUAAACUAAAAAUAAUGGCAGAAAUAAGUCAUGUGGUUUAAAUUCGAAUUGUUGUUUUAAGCAUGUACCUGCAAAGUUUUGUAAACAAAAAAAUACUAUAAUGUGGGGCUGUCAGAAAUCGAUAAAGGAGUUCCUGUACAGUCAAUUAAUAUUUGUCUUACGAAAGUGAAACAUCGGGUAAUAAACUAGAAAUGAUAAAAAAAUAGAAAUGUAGCCUAUUCUCAACUAAUUAUUUUCAAGUUCCCUGGAUUUCUAAAUUUGUAUAACAUUGAUUCUAAAAUUUAUGAGAUAUCUGAAUUAUUUUCUUUAUUUUUUUUUGUAUCAUUUUUACGGUCGCUUUAUUAAUUCGGUCGCUUCCAUUUCGUAGGAUCAAAUGGUUGCUAGUUUCAGAAAAAUUUCUACACUUUUAAACAAUGUCAUGUCUUUCAACUCUAAUUAUUUUACUCUUGUUUGCAAAAAUAUCAUCGUGCUUUUAACCUUUCGUUAUUUUUUAUAUCAAUUUUUUUUUGUGGAAGAAUUAAUUAAACUAAUUUCUUUCUCUCUUUCUCUCUCUUUAUACCUCACUCUCUCUCCCUCUCUUUCUAUUAUACUCUUUUGAUUCUAUGUAACUAUAUUUAAUGGUCAAUUUUAGUUAAUAUUUUAGCUUCAAUUAUUUUUCAAGAAAUGCAAAUAAUUUUCAAUGUAGAUUUGUCAGCUAUUUAUUAACUUUGUUGAAAUAAAUGCUCAUCAAUAAAAUAAUUUCAGAUUUUUAAAAAAUUUAAAGUUUGAAUCAAUGGUAACCGUAUUUUGUUUUGUCGCUAUUCAUAUUUUCUAGGCCAGGGGUCUCCAAACUACGGCCCGCGGGCCGGAUGCGGCCCUCGAAGUCCUCUCAUCCGGCCCGCGGAGAUCUUUUUGUCCAAGGAAUAUAUGUUUGUUGGUGAUGGCUGAGGAACUUUGCCAAGAAAAAUCAAAGACAUGCCUGGAAGAAACUGGCCCCCGAACUAAAAUUUGAUAGUUAAUGCGGCCUUCGGACUGAAAAGUUUGGAGACCCCUGUUCUAGGCUAAUACUAUUAAAAUAAGAAACAACCUGGGAAAUAAAAAAAUAACAACCAACAAUAGCAGUUUGUAUAAAGCUCUGUAUAACGGCAAUAAAAUCGUAAGGUAUUUUUUUACGCCAUUGCGUGUAAUA